UUUACCCAGCCAUGAAAUGGGAUUCGUAAUGCCAGCAUUUUCCUACCCCUCCAAGACGGCAGGAUAACCUCUGUGACAACACUUUGAGUCUAAGUUCAUUUACGAGAUAUUGUUGCUGGUCUGUAUAUUUUUAAUUGUAAACACACUUGAGUGUUAAUGUGGUGCACACCUUUAUGUGAAAUUAUGAAAUUGACCUUAAACACUAAUCUUGGAUAAUGUUUAAUCCAAAUGCCAGUUUGGAGAAGAUGGAAGAGAUGGUGUGGAUGUUAGGAAUUGACGUGUGAAAUAGGAAAAAAACUGUCAUUUUAGUAAAAUCUUUAUGCAGUCACCAAUGGAGAGUUGAGAAAAAAUGGACCUUGGAUUGUGAUGUUUUUGAGAUACUCCCUUGAGAGCACAUGAUGUGGAUUCCAGUGUAACUUCAUCUUUGUAUAGCCGAUUAAGGUAAUAAGUUAGAGAAUCCCAGAUCCCUUUUAAGUGUGCUAUAUAUGAGGAAUUUUUAUCCUUGCUUAUCUUUUCCUUAAAUUGUAUGGGUGAAACUAAAUUAGAAAAGUGUAUUCCUGCCGUGUUAGAAAAUUUGAAAGAAUGGCUGAGGAACCAUGGAUUUUAGUUUAUUUGCCACGCCCCUCCUGUGCCAUCUGGUGACCCAGAGAAUAAUUAUUUUAGGGUGCCUUUUUUUUCUACACCUGCCACCCCUUUUGUCCCAUUACCUCUCCCUGGAGUUUGAAUCUUUACUGUGUGAUUUUGCAUGAGUUUUACCUGUCUAGGCUGGGUGCCUCUGACCCAGCUGCCCAAUCAGUCAUUAUUUAUUUACAGUAUUAGAUUUCCAUUUCUAUUCAUUUCACUGUAAGCCGCCUUUACCCUGGUGUGAAGAAUAAUGGGUCUUUGCUACUAAUGCUGUAUACUUGGAGGUGACUAGGAAUGGCAUGUUCAAGGGGCUGAGACUAAUGCAAGCUCCAGGGAAGCGGGGUCUUCACUGGAGUCUUUUGAAUAGGUCCUGGAGUACAGAUGCAAGAGUUGGCCUGUCUUCCUUGAUUUUCUGGUCUCCACUGGGUAAAUUUGUUUCAUUGCCAAGGGAAGUCUUGGGAGCAGGGAGCUAUCAGAAAUCUGAGUGUUAGACUGAUUAAGAGCCUGCCCUGCAAAGGAGUGAGGAGAAAGAAGUAGUGGCUUUGUAGGUGUUGGAGAGUCCUCCCUGUAACCAGGUAAGUAGAAGGAAGUGAAGGAUCCCUAGAUUCCCAAUUGAGAAAUGGGAAAGGGGCUGGGUUUCAAAAGGGAAGUGAUACAGCUUAUAGCAGGUUUGGGAACAUACCUGAGGUUGGAUGGGCCCUUCUCCCUCUUUCUUCUGGAGAGUGUUUCUGGCUCCUCAGUCAAGCACAGCUGUGCUAACAGUUUCAGACCUGUUUACCGUCCUCCUUGGCGCUCUAGGGGAGGCCCAGCAUUCGUGUUCCUCUCUCAAAGCUGUCCUUACACGUAUUAGAGGAAAACAAGCUGUUUAGUUUGUGAGAAACUUUUUAGACUUCAGUGUCUCUCCUCACCCUUUCCAAAUUAAUCCCGCAUCUUACAGAUUAAAGAUUCAUUUAGGCUUCAUUAUCUCAAACUGGGAUACUCAGUUUAAGAAGAGUAAGCUGAACAGUCUACACAAAGAUAUGAAAAGCUAGCUUUUCUGUUGAGGAAGAUAAUUAGUUGGGUGAGAGUUGUGGGCAUUUGGACAAAGGGCAAAACUGGGGGUGGAGUUGUGCUGGACAGCUUGUGCCCUCGUCCUUGAGAGAGGAAAGGGUACCACCAAACUAGUGCAGUCACCUUGUUGUGCUUUUUCUUCUUCCAUUUGCCUUGUGAGAAGAAGAAGAUAGCAGUAUGGAGGUGGAGUCACCAUCUGUUCUCAAGGAUGGGAAACAGACUUUAACUGAACAUCAGGGAUGAGCUGUAUUCACCUGGCAUUGAUUGGUAUCAGGCGCUGGAUGGAUUACACCAGAGACUACAUUACAGCAGGAGAGAAAGGCUAAUUUUGUAAGAAAGUCUAAGGUAUUUUCAGAGUGACUCUGGUGGUAUUUUUUUCUUGAGGAUGAAAGGUUGCACACAAAGAAAUGGAGGCCUACUGCUCUGAGGCUUGUUAUUCCUGGUGAGACAGUUAGAUGUGCUGCAAGCAGAUCCCAGAUUUGAUCAGGCAGGAUAAGGCAGGAAUAGCAAAAGGUGUUCCUUUGUUCAGAACAGUGGUCUGUUCAAGGAGAAGGCAAUCCUGUGGAUAGAUAAGAAGGAGCUUCUGAACCAGUGCAAAAGGCCAAAGCUUUUGAAAACAGCUAAUGAGGAAGACACACGGAAGGCUGUUCAGAGCUUGGGCCAACACUGGAGGAACGGAGUCCAGGACAGCGGGACCAAUAUCAUGGGUGGAGUUUGACUAGGUGGACAAAGGCUUGUCUAAAGCAGUGUCUCAAACAUUUUUCAGACUACAACAGUACAAAAUUCAUUUUUACACUGAGACCCAGGAUGUAGCAAGAAUAUGUGUAUGUGAAACUAGUUUCUAUUCUAUUUGUUUCUAGUCUGUGUUCUUAAAAACUCAUAACGUGUUAGUGGAUCACAGUUCACUGUUUGGAAACCACUUGUCCAAUGGGUGGAAAAACAGGUUGCAGUGGAGCAGGCUGGGUGGGGGAUUGGAUACUGGAGGAGGUGUGGGAGGCAUAGAAUUGAUUGAGCACUACCUGGACACCUGUCGGUGGGACAGAGGGGAACAUGGAGACUCAUUUUGUUUCUGACAGGUGCAGAACUCACACAGUUGAAAUGAUGGGACAGAUGCAGAAGAGGGGACUUUCCACCAGUUAUAUGCACUUCAAAGCAAAAUGAUUGGUUUUAAGGAAGAGGAAAUGUACAAGGAGUAAACUUGGAUAUGUUGAAGAAAUAUGGAUGUCAACACGAAAUUGUUCAUCAGCAUUAUUUGUACAAGCUUUUUCACCUUUCAGCUUCUCUUCUACUUUGUAAGUUACUGGUUUUCAGCAAAAGUUUCCCCAGGUUUCAAUAGUCUCAGCUUUGAAAAGAAGAUUGAAUGGAACUCAAGGGUAGUAUCCACAUGCCAUUCUUUGGUGGUUGGUAUUUUUGGCCUGUACAUUUUCUUAUUCGAUGAGGCUACUAAAGCUGAUCCACUUUGGGGUGGUCCAUCACUUGCAAACGCAAAUAUUGCUGUUGCUUCAGGCUACCUCAUUUCUGAUUUGUCCAUUAUAAUUUUGUAUUGGAAAGUGAUUGGUGACAAAUUUUUUAUAAUACAUCAUUGUGCAGCCCUGUAUGCAUACUACUUUAUACUGAAAGAUGGAGUGCUGGCAUACGUUGGGAAUUUUCGCCUGCUUGCAGAGCUUUCCAGCCCUUUUGUGAAUCAGCGGUGGUUCUUUGAAGCUCUGAAGUAUCCCAAGUUUUCCAAAGCUAAUGUUAUCAAUGGAAUACUCAUGACAGUAGUGUUCUUCAUCGUGCGGAUUGCGUCAAUGCCUCCUCUUUACAGCCUCAUGUAUUCUGUGUAUGGAACGGAACCCUACAUAAGGCUUGGACUUUUAAUCCAGUGUUCCUGGAUCAUUAGUUGUGUUGUUUUGGAUGUGAUGAAUGUCAUGUGGAUGAUCAAAAUUUCAAAAGGUUGCAUCAAAGUCAUCUCUCUCAUCAGACAAGAGAAGGCCAAAAAUAGUCUUCAGAAUGGAAAACUUGAUUAAAGGAGUGCUACUGAUAAGUAAACUUUGUUACUACCCAGCAUUAUUACUGCUGAUGGGAUGAAUUCUUGGCAUGUUCUUGUGUAUCUUUAUUAAUUAUAAUUGUUAUUCAGGAUUUCAGUGUCAUUUUUUUAACUUUUAGAAAAGAGAAACUGAAAUUUACUUUUCAUCCCAAGAUGUCUUUUCUGCCUUUCUUUUGCUUAAUUUAUAAGCAUGGGUAAAAAUCCUAAAGGCUUAAAUAAAAAUGAUAAAUAUUGUGGUGAAUCUUUUGAGAAACCUCUUAACCUGCAUUGGUAUUUUUCUCUGUGAAAGAUGACUAUGAUAAUCUGGUACAGUUGGUUUUAUGUCACCAAUUUUGCUGAAAGAAUGGGAACUGCUUUUAAAUCUGUAAAUAGCUCUUAACAUUUGUUGUAUGCACUCUUUUCUUACUUUGGCUGCCAACACCUGUGUGGGGUUUAAUUUCUAUAAAUUGUUGGCAUGUUCUUCUUCUCAGGCUAUUCAGAAGUAAUAACAUUUUUCAUUUCAGACAUGCAAUCACCUAUUAAUGAUGAAAUAUUUUACCACUUUGGGAAUAUUUAAUUAGUCAUGGAAAAUACUUCCUGCAUUUUAAGAUUUUUCAAAUAUCACUUUCUUAUUUCUAUUUUAGCAUUUUAUCAAAUUAUUGCUUUUUUCUUUUAUAGUCAGGCUUAAGACAGAUUAGAAACCUCCUUAAGAGAUGAAUUUCUUCUUCUAAAAAUGCAUGUCGAUAGUGGACUAUUUAGGCUUAUAGAAGAAAUCAUUAAGGAAGAAAGCUUUAACACUGUCCCUAUCUGCUUUCCUUGCACUUUUUCUGUGAAAAACCUUUUCUGUUUGCACAAUCUUCCCUGAGUUCUGAACCCAGCAUCAUCAGUACCAAAGUCUUAUGCAAUACAUAUUUAUUAUGCUUCUGAAAUAGCCCUCUUCUUGAUGAGACCCUAACUAUGACAAAAAAAUCAGUAUUCAUAUUUUACUCACAAUUUACUCCCGUGCUUGCUUAGUUGGCAUUUUAGUGCUUUGAAUUUCUGUCUAUCUUAAAGCACAUAAAAAAAUAAGGUCAUUUAAUCCAAGUAUCCUAUCAUCAAAAAUUAUCAUCUGAUUAUAUGAAGAUAAAUGGCGACUCUCAUGUGUGUAUGCGUUUUGCUUUUACUUUGGUUCUUGCAAUCCAAAUAUAGAAUUAUAUAUUUAUCUAUUAUUGCCUUUAUUUAUUUUUUAAGCACUUGACUUUAAUGAUUAUUCUUACCUGAGAAAGAAAUUUAAUUCAACCAGUGAUGAAUACUUGAAAUUAAUUGAACUCAUACCAAAAGAUCUAAUCCAUUCAGUUUCUCAGUUUGAAGGAGAAUGUUUGACUCACUUUCCUUGUUCAUGCUAGCCGAAUAUAAUCAAGACUUUUGAUUUGAUUACCCAAUCAAGAUAGAGCCUGAUAAGUUUUAAAAUGUUUAAAGAGGAUUGAAAUCUCAGUCAAUAACUAAAUGAGGAUGAUAAAAUGAGAUUGAUUGGCUUAUACUAGGUACAUUUAUUUGUGAAAGAAUUGGUGUAAAAUAUAGUUAUUUUUAAAGCCGCCAAUAGUACACUGAUAAUAGUGCUGUCCACAUCAUAGGCGCUUAAAUAUGUACUGGCUAUCUAGAGGGGGGUAGGAAAGCAAGUGAUUUUAUCUUGUUCUUACCUUUUUGCAGGAAAAGUGGCUUUUAAAAAAAGGAAAAUAUUUAUAUAAUAAAGCUGUUUUGGAAAUCCAUUCUUUUAGAAAGAGACCUUGAGAUAAAUAUUUUUUGACUGUGGAUUUUUCUAUAGUUCUGAACAGGUUUUAAACCCACUAUCAAAAUAAAGACAAUAUAAAGCUAUAAUAUUAGUGAGUCUCCAUGUAACAAUUUAUUUUUAUAGUUACCGUUUCAUGCUUAAAACUUUAUUCUUACAUUCAUUAACAUUACCCUUCACUGGUAUAGCUACUCACAAAAUACGUAUCUUUAAAAUAUCAAAAUUUUGAACCAAAGUUUGUGAUUCCCUUAUUCAGCAAUCUUUGUCUUAUGCUGGCCGCAUGACAGUUAAUUCAAAAUCCAGAUUAAAUAUCCUAAAGUGGGUUCUAUAUAUUUCCUCAUAUAACAGACAUGGAAUGGAAAUGCCACUACAAAUUGCCCUGCUACUUUAAGUCUGACCUUUGCAAGAGAUACACUUUGCUGUUCUAUGAUUGUAUUCACCUACCUAAAAUACACAUGAAGACAGAACAUAUCAUUUACUAAACGAUGAAUUUUUCAUUUAUUAAAAACUUUUGCUAGACAUUUUAAAUAUUAAGUAUUUUGACUACACAGAUUAAAUGAUUCUAUCAGGCAUUCUGCUAUUUAACAACUUAAAAUAUUUGUAGAAAAAUUAAAGCAAAUUGAUAUAAAUUUUUAAGCAAUUCUAUUUUUGUAGAAAAAAAAUGACAACCUAUAAUUAUAAAGUUCUUUGAAUGUGUAGUAUCCUAGAAAAUAAAAGUUCUUGUGAAACUUAAAAAUGAAUGAAAACCAACUAAUAGCAUGCAAGAUCAUAGAUCCUGCAUUAAAUUUUUAUUUGUGAAAUAUUAAAAAUUAUGAGCUUUAGCUUAUAAAGUUUGCCUUCUUAUGUAUGUCUAAAGUCUUUUGAAGGAUUAUUUGCAUUUAUAUAAAACUUGAAAUGGAGUUAUAUAUGAGUGCAAAGAAAUUAACUUCUGCUCAAGUAUGUUUUGAUACCCUCUAGUAAGUUGAAUUAAAUUUUUAUCCCAAUUGUUUUUUGUUGUUGUUGUUUCAUGGACUAGCCUUAUGUUAAAUGAAAUAAUAGUUAUGUUGUUACCACCCUUAAGAGUGACUCUGAUAUAUUAUCGAUGACCCAGGACUGUCUUAAAGGUCUAGUUUUAAAAACCGCCUAGUUUGUAAGUAUUUGAAUCCAGUUCUUUUUUAAAUUUUAAUAAUUUGACUCACAGUUUUUGCGACAGGGUCAACUUUUAAAUUGUAUACUUCCUCUAAGGCACACUGGGCAUUUGGAGAAUGGUUCUUCACUAGUGUGGAGGGCCAGGUUUACUAUUGGUUGUACCAUCUGUUAUCAGGCUUGCAGACACAUUUUUCUUCUGGAGAAACAGAGGGGAAAGUGUCGUUGCAGUGUACAUGUUUCCUCUGUGUCAUUUUGAAGGGAAAUAAACAUGUUCCAAAAGAUGCUAUUAAAAUAAAUAUUUGAAC